AUGUACAGCAGCUCCAACCCACGUCCCACAUUCACCCAGCUGACACUCUGUAAAUGCGUUUACCGGGAGCGACAUUCCUCGAAAGCUUUCACGUAUGUGGACUGCAAUUUAGCGCGCAGCAAUUGUCAAACACUGAGACGUUCCAAACCGAUUUGCGCUUUUCUGUGUCGGGUUAUUUUAUUUUCUUUCUUUAAUUCUGGUCCCGAGGUGGAAGAAAAACUCUCUACAUUAUCUAUCUAUCUAUCUAUCUAUCAGUUUUUUCAUAUCUAUCUAUCUAUCUAUCUCUCUCUCUCUCUCUUUCUCUCUCUCUCUCUCUCUAUAUAUAUAUAUAUAUAUAUCUUUUCAUAUCUAUCUACUUUAGUCAAUUUUAUCUAUCUAUCUAUCUAUCUAUCUAUCUAUCUAUCUAUCUAUCUACAUGUAUACUCCUUACUAUUUAUUUGUCUAUAUAAUCUAUCUAUCUAUCUAUCUAUCUAUCUAUCUAUGUCUUUUCAUAUCUAUCUAUCUAGUUUAGUCAAUUUUAUCUAUCUAUCUCUAUCUAUCUAUCUAUCUAUCUAUCAUUUCACAAAUGCCUUCUCUCUCUCUCUCUCUCUCUCUCUCUCUUAA